CGCCCCGCCGGCAAGCAGGUGGUGACGGCUCCGGUGGGCGCCCUGGUACUGCGUGAGGCGGCAGCCGGUGAACAGUGAGCAGGUAUAAGCGAUUGAGGACGACACUUGUUGUUGUCCAGAGAUGGAAAACAACAUAACAACAAUUUCUCGUGAAGACCUAGAGGAAUUAAGGGAAGCAUUCAGUAAAAUAGAUAUUGACAACAGUGGGUAUGUCAGUGAUUAUGAGCUUCAGGACCUGUUUAAGGAAGCAAGUCUGCCCUUGCCUGGUUACAAAGUUCGGGAGAUUGUAGAAAAAAUCAUUGCUGUGACAGAUAGCAACAAGGAUGGGAAAAUCAACUUUGAAGAGUUUGUCUCGAUAAUUCAGGAAUUGAAAAGUAAAGAUGUUAGCAAAUCUUUCCGAAAAUCAAUAAACAAAAAACAAGGUAUUACAGCAAUUGGAGGAACAUCAGCAAUAUCUAGUGAGGGGACACAGCACUCUUAUUCAGAGGAAGAAAAAGUUGCUUUUGUUAACUGGAUAAAUAAAGCUCUACAAGAUGACCCAGAUUGUAAGCACCUCCUACCUAUGAAUCCAUCAGAUGCCAGCCUUUUUAAAUCCCUUGCAGAUGGCAUUCUUCUUUGCAAAAUGAUCAACUUUUCACAACCAGAUACAAUUGAUGAAAGGGCUAUUAAUAAGAAGAAACUCACUCCUUUCACUAUUUCUGAGAAUCUUAACCUGGCUCUGAACUCGGCAUCUGCUAUUGGCUGUACAGUUGUCAAUAUUGGAUCACAAGAUUUGCAAGAGGGAAGACCACAUUUGGUAUUGGGACUUUUGUGGCAGAUCAUUAAAGUUGGUCUUUUUGCUGAUAUUGAGAUCUCCAGAAAUGAAGCUCUUAUUGCUUUGCUAAAUGAAGGGGAAGAACUAGAUCAGUUAAUGAAGCUUUCCCCAGAAGAACUCUUGCUACGCUGGGUGAACUACCAUCUGAGCAAUGCAGGGUGGCAGAAAAUCAGUAACUUCAGCCAAGACAUUAAGGAUUCAAGAGCAUACUACCAACUGUUAAAUCAGAUUGCACCCAAAGGAGAUGGCCUUGAUAAAUUGCCCAUUAAAAUUGACUUUUCAGGAUUUCAUGAUAAAAAUGAUUUGAGGAGGGCUGAAUACAUGCUCCAACAGGCAGAUAAAUUGGGCUGCAGGCAGUUCGUAACUCCAGCUGAUGUGGUUGCAGGCAACCCUAAACUCAAUUUGGCUUUUGUUGCAAAUCUCUUUAACACAUAUCCAGCCCUACACAGGCCUGACAGUUCAUCAUACGACAUCAAUUUAUUAGAAGGAGAAAGUAAUGAAGAAAGGACUUUCAGAAACUGGAUGAACUCGCUGGGUGUAAGCCCGUAUGUUAAUCAUUUAUACAGUGACCUCUCCGAUGCUUUAAUAAUCUUCCAAUUGUAUGAUAUGACUCGUGUGCCGGUUGACUGGAGCCACGUCAACAAACCUCCUUACCCAUUACUGGGUGGUAACAUGAAAAAGAUUGAGAAUUGCAAUUAUGCAGUAGAACUUGGGAAGACAACAGCCAAGUUCUCACUGGUUGGUAUAGCUGGACAUGAUCUAAAUGAGGGUAAUCCCACUCUGACUUUGGCUUUGAUAUGGCAGCUGAUGAGAAGAUAUACUCUGAAUGUGCUGUCAGACCUUGGAGAGGGGGAAAAAGUAAAUGAUGAAAUUAUUAUUAAGUGGGUGAAUCAGACACUUGCAAGAGCAAAUAAGAAAACUUCAGUUGCAAGUUUUAAGGAUAAAUCAAUUAGCACUAGUUUGCCUGUCCUAGACUUAAUAGAUGCCAUUGAACCUAAGGCAGUUCGGCAAGAAAUGGUCAAGAGAGAGGAUCUUUCUUACCAAGACAAAUUGAAUAAUGCGAAGUAUGCCAUUUCAGUUGCUCGAAAGAUCGGUGCUCGUAUAUACGCGCUUCCGGAUGAUCUGGUUGAAGUGAAGCCAAAAAUGGUGAUGACAGUAUUUGCAUGUUUGAUGGGAAGAGGACUGAACAAAAUAAAAUGAAGACGUGUAUAAUACAACUUUCUGCCAUGUUAAGCAUGAUGAAUGCCUCACAGUUUACAGGGUUCUAAAGCGUAGUAUAAAAUGAGGAAAUUCGUAUGCACAAAUACAUUAAAUACAUUUUACUAAUGAUUUUAUAUUAGUUAAAAAUGUAUUCAAUUUCAUAACAUUAUUUAUAGGUAAUGUUUUCAGAUCAUGUUCAUCACCAAAUGAACAUCACAGAUUUGCAUUGCUUUUAAAAAAACAAACCACCACCACUGGUAUUAUUCAAGCUUUGUGAGUAUUGGUUUCCUUAGCACUGUAAGAAUGUGUAUUAUUUUGCAUAUAGUUAAUUCAGGACGUACUGUGAAACACUUUGAUUUUUGUGAGUAUUCCUUACAUGUAAUCAUAUAGUUCUCAAGGUGCAUUCCAAUUCUACUGUAUUACUCCUAACUGCACAGAAGUUAUCCCUGCCUUAUUCUCUGAGAGCUUAACUCCUAUUGAAGCAAGAGAGUCUUGACUUCAAUGAGUACAAGUGAAGUCUGGAAACUAAUGAAUACUGAUACAGCUGAUGAAACCUUUAUCUGGGAAUAAUCUUUAACUAGAUGUAGUAGUUUUGUUCUGUUACUAAGCAGAAACUUCUACAGUCUGAUUCUUAAGAAAAAACAGCAAACAGUGAGCAGAAGUAAUCACAUCAUGAUUAGAUUUGUAUAUGCCUUAGCUUUUGUAGUUGGACUAAACAUCUAAUUUUUAAAAAUUUUUCAUAAAAUAUUGUAUAAGAAAAUAAAAAGCAGGCUAGUCCAGGUUGUGGUUUCAAAUUUAAGUACUGCA